AUGUCCUACUACAACGACUCCUACGGCGGCGGCGCCCCUCCACCACCCCAGGUCCCCCCUCCAUGGUUCGCCGAAUGGGAACCCCGCGAAAACCGCUACAUCUUCGUGAACCGCCAGACGGGCGAACGACAAUGGAACCCUCCUCACCAACAGUACGGCGGCGACGGCGGAAACCCAGGCUACGACGGCGGCUACGGCUCCGGUCCCUACGGCGGCCCGGGUCCAGCAAACUACGGCCCUCCCCAAUCCGAACCCCGCCACGAAGAGAAGAAACACCACGGCUGGAUGGGCGCCGCCCUAGGGGCCGCCGCCGGUCUCGCGGGCGGAGCGUUCCUCAUGCACGAGGGCCAUGAGGUCAAGGAGGACUACGAGGAGGACAAGUACAAAGUCGACCAGUGGGGGAAUCGGGUCGAGAACAAUGUGGAGAAUUUCCCGGAGGAUGCGGCGGAGUGGACAGGCAGGAAGGUUGGGGAGGUGGAGGAUAUUCCGCAGGAUGUGGAGCAGGGGUUUGAUAGGUUUGGGGAUCGCGUGGAGAGGAAGUGGGAUAAUGCUGUGGAUGAUGUUGAGGAUGCACCAGAGGACGUGGCCAACUGGGCGGGCGACAAAGUAGGGGACGUCGAGAGGUUUGGAGACGACGUGGACAGAUAUGGUGAUCGAAUUGACGACGCCUAUGAUGCUGGCCGUGACGAGGGACGGUACGAUGAUUGA